AUGAGAUUUGCUAUUUUGUUUGGAGCAGUCUUUGCUGCCGGUGUUCUAGAUGACAUUCUAGCAUAUGGUAUUAGUCAUAUGGAAGAUAUUGGCGGUCUGAAGAAUUGGCGAUGGUUGUUUUUAUUUGAAGGCUUGCCGAUCAUUCCACUCGGUGUUAUGACCUAUCUUUUUCUUGGCAGUAUACCCGAUACUGUUCAAUGGUUGAAUAAUUGUGAAAAACUGUUAUUAACGAAUCUUCUUCGCGAAGAUGCAGGCAACGUGGCAUUAUAUGUCAGUACUUGUGUUGCUUGUUGUGGUACAUUCUCUGGAAUUCCUAUACUACUCUCUUGGUUAACAAAUAAUGUCGGUGGUCGUACAAAGAGAGCCGUGGCUGUCGGUUUCCUUGUAGGUAUCGGUCAGAUUGGCGGAGUUUUAGCGCCUCAGGUGUAUCCUGAUGAUGAUGAUGAUGAGCUAGUAUAUCGACGCGGACAUUUUAUAUGUGGUGGAAUCAUAGCCAUCAGCUUGAUUGUUACUUUUAUUUUGCGCAUUUGUUUAAAGUUAGAAAAUGACCGACGAAUUCAUUUAUCACCAGACAAGUAUAAACAAGAAGCAGCUAUCACAGAACCCUGUGAUUGGGUCAGUGGAAAAUUACAAUAA